AUGAGAGGACCUCCAAGAAGCCUCCAAGAAUGGCUGUACUAUAAAUUGUUGGAGAGCCCAAGCUUUCAUAAAUUUGUUGGAAAUAUCUACAGGAAGGUCAAUGGAAUCAAAGACGUUCCUCCACCGGAAUUUAUGUCUGAUAUACACUUCCUAUAUACACCUACAAGAAAACACAAGUUUAAAGCUUUCAGAAUGUUAUUUUUUGACGAGUAUCGUACAUUUUUUGGAUUUUCAAGAAAAACAGAUAAGUUUUUUUGA